AUGACAGAAAAUAGAAAAAAUUCUGCAAAUAUUAACGCAGGUUCGGCUACGAUAGUACAAGAGGUUUGUAACAUUUUGAAACCAACGCUCCACGAUAAUGAUUUUCUUCAAAGUUUUGUACGUAUUGGUCUGGAUGACGUGCCCAAUACCAAUUAUGGAAUCGCCACUGAUGACAAAUAUUCUAAAAGGGAGUCAUCAUCGUCGGCUACUGCUGCUGCAGUGACCGCUGCGAUGGCAUUGUCCGUCCAGGACUCGGAAUCACGCCGUUCCAAGGAGCACGGCUCGGUCGUGCGACUCCAUCACGCGAAGACCGUGCAGCAGGUGCUACAGGAGGAGCGCAUCCAGCGAACGAAACGCCGUCGGAGGCGCAGGAGCGAGGCCCAUCGUCAGGAGGAGGUGUACACGGACAAGGACAGAGCUGCGGCCGUCAACAUGGGCAGUCGGGACAUCAAACAGUCCCUCAAACUUAAGCGCAAACAAGACCGGAGCAAGGCGCUCAUGAUUCCGGAGGAGGCCGAGCCUGGAGCGAUGCUGGCCCUCGGGACUCGGGAGCUUAGGUGCGGCAACGUCAAUAUCGCUCUCUCCUGCAUCAACAAGGCCUUGGAACUGAGCCCCAAUGAUAAGAAUGCAUUGAUAGCGCGGAGUAAGUGCCAUCUGUUAUUGGGAGAGCCGCGGAAGGCUCUGGAAGAUGCGAACAGCGCUCUACGCGGCAGGACGAAGGCUCUUCAUAGCGCCAAGGCCCUCUACUCCAAGGCGGAGGCCCUCUUUCACCUCGGUGAUUUUGAGCUCAGUCUCGUCUACUACCAUCGGGGCAUGAAGAUAUGACCCGAAUUCGAUCAGUUUCGCCUGGGCGUGCAGAAGGCCAAGGAAGCCAUUCAAACCAUACUCGGAGGUAAAGCGGUGUCGCUGUCACGGCGAGACGAUUGCCGCAAGGGAAUACAGGAUAAAUCAGUGCCGAUAGCCGAUCGCAGUUCCACAGCGACGAGGGACCCGGAGCAGUCGGACGUUAAAUCUCCGGGUCUUCAAGGGCCAUCGUCCAAGCGUUGCUCGUUGACCUCGGGCAAACGGCCGGGCCACCAGGAGUCGUCGCAGCUCUCGAGUCAGCUUAACGUCGAAAAACGCUAUUUGCAAAAUCUGCUGAAACGGCCAGGAAUUAUGCCGAAAUUAAAAUUAAUGGAAGAUGCAAGCGAAUCUGAUUUGGGCUUCAUUCAUGGUAUAUCGGGGCCAGUGAUCGUGGCCAAUCAAAUGAACGGCACCGCCAUACACGAAUUGGUUAAAGUCGGCCAUAAGCAGCUCCUCGGCGAAGUCAUACGCCUCGAAGGCAACACAGCCACGAUUCAAGUUUACGAGGACACGUGCGGCUUAACCUAUGGGGAUCCGGUGUUCCGCACCGGCCGUCCACUAUCGGUGGAGCUUGGCCCUGGCCUUCUCAGCACCAUCUAUGACGGCGUACAGCGACCCCUUCAAAAGAUCCACAACACCACGGACUCGAUAUAUAUACCUCCGGGUAUAAGGCUCUCCUCAAUCUCGAGGUCGACCCUCUGGGAAUUCGAGCCGAUGAAGCUGAAGAAAGGCGCAAAUCUUAUCGGCGGAGAUAUAAUCGGCUACGUGUAUGAAAAUCAAUUGAUCAAGCACAACAUUAUGUUGUCGCCGAAAUGUUUCGGAAAGCUGCAGUACAUCGCCCCUCCAGGCUUCUACUCGAUCAACGAGGUUAUUGUGCAGACGGAGAUAGAUCAUGUAUACAAGAACCACACGAUGCUACAGCGAUGGCCGGUGCGCCAAGCCCGGCCCACCCUCGAGAAGCUCAUACCCAAGCGGCCCUUUUUUACCGGGCAGCGGGUCUUGGACGGGCUCUUCCCGUGCGCCCAGGGCAGCAACAUCAUGGUGCCCGGGGCCUUCGGUUGCGGUAAGACCGUCAUCGCUCAGAGUAUCACCAAAUUCUCCAACUCGGACGUCGUCGUGUACGUUGGCUGCGGCGAGAGGGGCAACGAGAUGACCGAGGUGCUGCGCGAGUUCUCCUCCCUCAAGAUCGAGACGAACGACUCCAGUGAGUCGAUAAUGCAGAGGACGACACUGAUAGCGAACACGUCGAACAUGCCGGUGGCUGCGCGCGAGGCUUCCGUCUACACGGGCAUCACUAUCGCGGAGUACUUCCGCGACCAAGGCUACCACGUCGCCCUCUUGGCGGACUCGACGUCGCGCUGGGCGGAGGCUCUGCGGGAGAUCAGCAGCCGCCUCGGUGAGCUGCCCGCGGACUCCGGCUACCCGGCCUAUCUCUCCACGCGGCUGGCCUCCUUCUACGAGCGGGGCGGUCGAUUCCGGUGCAUCGGCAAUCCGAACCGCGACGGCUCUGUGACCAUCAUCGGGGUGAUAUCACCGCCAGCGGGCGACUUGUCCGAGCCCCUCACCACCGCUACUCAAUCCCUCACCCAGACGUUCUGGGCCCUCGACAAGAGGCUCGCCGAGAGGAAACACUUCCCAUCUAUCGACUGCCUCACCAGUUACACCGAAUCCAUCGGACACUUAACGCCCUAUUACGAAUCCAAGUUCCCACGAUUCAUGGAGUACCGGAAGAAGGCGCUGAACGUGCUGCAGAAGGAGAACGAUGUGAAGCAGCUGAUGCUACUGACCGGGCACGAGUCGCUGUCCGACAUGGAGAAACUCACUCUCGACGUGGCGAAUAUCCUCACCGAUGACUUCCUUCAUCAGAACAGCUACUCGGACUACGAUCGCUGCUGCCCUUUGAACAAGACCUUCGGCAUGCUCCGGAACAUCGUCACCUUCUACGAGCUCGCAGUCAAGGCCAUGGAGAAGUCCGAGCAGUUUAGGGGCGGGAUUCAAACGAGGGUCAAGGAUAUUGAGCAGCGCCUUAGCCUAAUGAAAUUUUUGAACGACGGCUGCACGAAUCAAGAGCUCAAUGCGCUUCUAAUUGACACGCAGCGAUUAUUCGAGGAUAUUUGA